UGUACUGGCCUGCAUAUUUCAGGAACGACCACGCACUUUGGAAGACACGAUGGUGGUGAGAACUGCAUCCGGAACGCUGGGCGGGGUGUCGAUGAAGCACCUUUCUCUGGUCACGUUGACAGUCCAGAACUCGGCCCUCAUUCUGAUCAUGCAUUACUCGAGAAUCAUGCCUUUGGCUGGAGGGCAAAGAUACCACACAAGUACAAGUGUCUUCUUGAAUGAAGUGAUCAAGCUGACUAUUAGUUUGACUAUGGCAAUGUACGAGAUGUCAAAAUCACUUCCAUCGAACACUACGAUCGCAACGCUCUCGCGCACCUUGACGACCGCUAUAUUCACCAAUGAAAGUUGGAAGCUUGCAGUACCCGCCGUCAUAUACACCAUACAGAAUAAUCUUCAAUACUUGGCUGUCAGCAACUUGGAUGCAGCAACAUUCCAGGUCACCUACCAGCUCAAGAUUCUGACAACAGCCAUAUUCAGUGUCCUGUUGUUAGGAAGAACGCUUUCGGCACGAAAGUGGCUCUCUCUGCUGCUGCUCAUUGUCGGCGUCUCCAUUAUCCAAGUACCCCAAGCAUUAUCGCAACCAGAUGUACCGGCAACAGGAUCCACACCCUGGACAAAGACUCUUGAACAGCUUCACAGUCUUGGCCAUAACGUUGCAGCACGAAUGGCGAAGCGAUCUGGAUCUUACGAGGGAAUUCAUGAAGAUCGCGCGUCGCAAGUACCGCAUAUGAAUAGACGAGUGGGGCUCUUUGCCGUUCUUAUCUCAUGCGCACUAUCAGGCCUAGCAGGAGUAUUGUUUGAAAAGAUUCUGAAGGACUCAACGAGUGGCAAAACUACAACAUUAUGGGUGCGCAACUGCCAGCUUUCCUUCUGGUCGUUAUUUCCGUCACUGUUCUUAGGCGUGAUUUGGAAGGAUGGAGAGGUCAUAGCGAAGACUGGAUUCUUCGUUGGCUACAACUGGGUGGUGUGGACUGCCAUCGGGUUCCAGGCAGCUGGUGGUGUAAUUGUCGCAUUGGUCAUAAACUAUGCCGACAACAUUGCCAAGAAUUUUGCAACCUCCAUCUCCAUCCUUCUCAGCUGCAUUGCUAGCGUAUACUUUUUCGACUUCAAGGUGACGCAAUCAUUUUUCCUGGGAACAUGCAUCGUCUUGUUUGCGACUUAUCUUUACACAAAACCAGAGCGGGGGAUGCAGCAAUCGGCAGUGAAGAUUGCCGAUUUUCAGAAAACUACGGUCGAGCGGCCUUACGAAGAACGCGGAAUGGGCGAGCGCUUCUAUCACCAAGAGCAACCAGGUAGCUCGCGACGUGUGUCGCGUUAUAACAUCCUUCAACCUCAAAUCAAGCAACCGGCCCGCCUAACUACUCCUCGAGAUCGCUAUCGUGUGACCCGAUAUGAUGAUCCCAUGUACGACACCGUUGAAGACGACUAUGCCAACGGCGUAGGAUCUCAGCUCGAUUCUUUUGUUUUAGAUGAGAGGUUGCUUCAGCAGUCGUAUUCAGACCGACAGCCGCAGGCCACGCAUGACAAUGAGAGAUUGUCGUUUGCGCCCGCCCUAUCACAACCCUCGUAUGGUUGGUUUGCCUACAAUUCUGCGCAAUUCCAAGAUUCGAGUCACGACCCCCAAAUUGACCAGUCCUCCAGCCCAGCAUUCAAAGCAAGUCAGCGCCGCUUAAAGCACGCCAGCGCAUCUACUGCGAAAUACGGUUCAGGGACCCAGACGUCCAGGGAUACCCGACGGCACACCAUAGAGCUUAAAGCACACGGAUAUCAGCGACAUCAUGGGCAAAUCAUCCCUGGGGAAUUACAAGAAUCUCUCGUGACCGCACUGCAUGCCCCUCCUAUGUGCCAGGGCAUCCGUCUUGUCCCGGUCGCGACCUUGCCAGAUCGGCUUCGGACAAUAUUCCCUUACCCGACGUUCAAUGCGGUGCAGUCGAAGUGUUUCGAUACGGUCUUUCGUUCUGAUAACAAUUUUGUUCUCGCAUCUCCAACAGGAAGUGGCAAAACAGUGAUUCUCGAGCUUGCCAUAUGCCGAGCAUUUGCUACCAAUUCAACUGGUCAAUACAAGAUUGUCUACCAGGCCCCUACCAAGGCUUUGUGUUCAGAGCGACAACGUGACUGGGAAACAAAGUUCAACAAGAUUGGUCUCAAGUGUGCCGAGCUCACUGGUGAUAGCGAUAUAUCGGACCUGCGACAUGUACAAUCCGCGAACAUAAUCAUUACGACGCCUGAGAAAUGGGAUAGCAUGACUAGGAAGUGGAGAGAUCACGAGAAGCUGAUGAGACUCAUCAGAGUUUUUCUCAUUGAUGAGGUUCACAUACUCAAAGAAGACCGUGGCGCUACCCUUGAGGCAGUCGUAUCUCGCAUGAAGUCUAUUGGCACAAAUGUUCGCUUUGUGGCACUUUCAGCCACAGUACCCAACUUCGAUGAUAUCGCAACUUGGCUUGGCAAAAGCCCAACAGACCCAAAUACUCCGGCCACGAACGAGAGUUUUGGCGAAGAAUUCCGACCAGUGAAACUGCGGAAGCAUGUUUGCGGCUACAUGUCCAACGCCAAUAAUGAAUUUGGAUUUGAGAAGGUGCUUGAUAACAAGAUAAACGAUGUCAUAGCUACUUACUCUGAAGGUAAACCGAUAAUGGUGUUUUGCGCUACCAGGAACUCCACGCUUAACACGGCGAAGCUGAUCGCCAGCUGGUGGUCUUCAAGGAUGGACAACGAUCGCUUCUGGACAGCACCAUCAAAAUCAAUCCGGCUUUUGAAUAAAGACCUUAGGGACACAAUCGCUUCAGGUGUCGCGUUCCAUCAUGCUGGUCUUGACAUAGAAGAUCGGGUACAAGUUGAGAAAAGCUUCAUCGCUGGCGAAAUCAGCGUCAUUUGUUGUACCUCUACACUCGCUGUCGGUGUCAACCUGCCCUGCCAUCUUGUGGUCAUCAAGAACACGAUGGCGUGGGGGCCAGCAGGACACCAGGAAUACUCCGAUUUAGAGAUGAUGCAGAUGCUUGGUCGCGCGGGCCGCCCUCAGUUUGACGACACUGCUGUAGCCGUUAUUAUGACGCGCCAAAUAAAGGCCCGACGAUACGAACAGAUGGUUACUGGUCAAGAAAUUAUAGAAAGCAAACUCCACCUUAACUUGAUCGAUCACAUGAAUGCUGAAAUAGGCCUUGGGACGAUCUACGAUUUGCCGUCAGCAAGAAGAUGGCUCAAAGGUACCUUUCUCUUCGUUCGACUCCAGCAGAACCCCACGCAUUACAAACUUGAGGGGUCUAGAAACGGUCAGAGUAUUGAAGAGCAAGUGGACGAUAUCUGCUUUCGCGACGUCAACCUCCUGCAACAGAGCAAUCUAGUCUCUAGCGAAGAGCGCUUCACAUGCACCGAGUUUGGACAUGCUAUGUCGCGGUACUACGUUCAUUUUGAGACAAUGAAGUUGUUCAUGGGAUUCGAGGCAAAGUCUUCUCCCUCGGAGAUUCUUUCGGCUAUUGCACAAGCUAAGGAAUACUCCAACAUACGUUUCCGGCAAGGCGAAAAGACCUUCUACAAAGUAUUGAACAAGUCACCUUCAAUCCGUUGGACAAUCCCUGUCAACUUGGAUCUCCCAGCACAGAAGAUUUCGCUCAUGAUUCAGUCUGUCCUGGGGUCUGCUGAUAUCUCAUGGGAUGGCGACAUGGCCAAACACAGGUCACAGUACGCAACAGAAACAAUGAUGGUGUUCAGGAACUUAGGCAGCCUCAUUCGAUGUAUAGUUGACUGCCAAAUUGUGCUAGGCGACGCUGUCAGUAUUCACAGUGCUCUAAUGCUCGAGCGAAGUUUCGGCGCAAAGGCUUGGGACGAUAGCCCGCUUCAAAUGAAGCAGAUUGAGACUCUAGGCGUGGUUGCGGUAAGAAAGCUUGUCAAUGCGGGUAUCAAAUCCAUCGAAGAUCUCGAGGGUUGUGACCCACAUAGGAUCGAAGCUGUGGUUGGAAGAAACCCACCUUAUGGCCUGCAGAUUCUUGAGAAGAUCAAGUGUUUUCCAAAGCUUCGUGUUUCACUUCAAGAACAGCACUCUACGAUCGUAAAAAUUUUGGAAGGAGUCAAAAUGCAGAUCAAGGUAGAUAUUGGCUUCAUGAAUGAGCGGCCACCACUGCGCUUCAACAAUAAGCUCAUCUAUGUUUGCCUUUUGGUGGAAACAUCCGAUGGACGUAAGAUUCACUUUGCCCGCAUUAGUGGUUCUAAACUUGGUACUGGCCAAAGCCUUUCCGUCCCGGUUCUCUUAACCAGCUCUGACCAAUCCAUAAACUGUCAUGUCAUGUGUGAUGGUAUAGGUGUUAUGCGCACCGCCACUAUGAGACCUCAAAUAUCUCCAUCCAUGUAUCCAAUCCCGAAACCUUCUGGACUCGAUUCAUCGGCCCCACAUCAGUCCAAUAUGUCGAAACGACGCACGGAGGAUGCAAAAGAAAGCUGGAAAGCUUCUACUACCCGUGAUGAUUUUGGCGACGAUGAACUCGAUGAUGAUACACUUGUGAAAGCUGCUUGUGGAGACCUCGAAUUCGACGAUAUAGACGCAUAUCCCGAUCCGCUCGCAGAGAAAGUUGAGCGCAACACCCCCAAGGCUAAUUCCAACAACAACAGAGAUGUUGGAAAGAUUCCAAGCCUUAAAGGGCUACCCGAAGCUGUCGCUAAGGGCACUGCUCAGGAUCCAGUGCAGCUUGCAAAUGGUAAAUGGGCAUGUAACCACCCCUGCAAAGACCGCGAAGCGUGCAAGCACUUGUGUUGUAAGAAUGGAAUGGACAAACCACCAAAGAAGAAGCCUGUGGCCAAACUCCCUCAGCUAGGUGAACCCCGAAUGGAGUCGCAACAGAAGCUCCCGACUCCAAAAAUCAAAACAACUCAAACUCUACUCCAACUGGCAGCACCUAAAAGAAAAGCUUCGAUUGAAAUUGAAGAGUUGGAUCUAACUCAGCAAGAAAAGAGGAACAAAGUGGACCGAGCUCUGGAUGACUUGGAAGCGAAAGGUGAGAUUCAAAAAGGUAUGAAAGGAAGCAAUCUGUCUUCUGCAAGUCAUUCAAUCUUGCAUAUGAAGCCUGCAUACUGCUAUCACCAGGGUGAUUCAGGCAAAGCUUCUUCCUCUGAACCUUUGAUCAUAGAACCACUCCUCGAUUCAAGCGACUACGGCAACAUCCAGUUUGACGAUCCUAUUGAUUUUCUUGAUCCUCCGCAACAAGACAGUGUGUUAUCCGACUGCAAUACCCAAACAGAGUACAAUGACUUUGCAGAUUGUGAGGCGAUCACCUUAGGUAUCUCUCCAGAGUCGGAAACAUUUGAUGAUGAUGACUCACUACUCGGAGACGUGCUGGUUGGCCUGGCUGACUCGCAUAGCCUACAAGGUAACAACGAAGGCGAGUUCGACUCCAAGAAAGCUGUGGAAGGUUUUCUCGACUGUGCAAACAAAGAAAGCUCGGAAAAGGUGCGGCAUUUGAAAGACGAUGGAAUCGCAGAUGUCAACGAGAUCACGAACAAUGUUUUGCCGAGGAUUGCUUAUACUGGAGGCCACUGUCAACCUCAUGAGUCGCCAGCGGAAAGACAACGCUCUCAGUCAGACAGACUCAUAAAUAGUUCGAGAAUCAACGGCGUAUUUCCGGAUGCGAUGGCGAACAUUAUGGACGACAGUAAGACCAAGAAGCCUGAUGCCCGAAAGAACAAUCUUACCCUCGCCCAAUUGAAAAAGUACCAGCAGCCAUCAACUACUAAAGAACUCCCAGAACACUUGGCAAAAGCUGUUGGCGAGACCGCCUGCUCACUAUUACCAGAGGAGAAAAUAGUUCCCGACGCCUACAAAGACCUAGAGCCAUGGCUCCUUGAAGAAUUCGGCGAUAUAGUCGAACUCGUCGAUUAA